AGUUGUGUGGUGGAAGACCUGCAGAUAACGGAAAGAACUCUUCUACGUGCCAGUUUAUUCAGAACAAGGAGCUUUAUUUACUUUCUGGCUCUGCUUCCUUCCCGGCUGUUGUUGUUGUUCUGCCUGGACAGACCACAAGAUGGACAGGGUCUUACUGGGCUGGACCACUUUCCUGUGGAUGACAGCUGUGACUGAAGCUGUGCAUGUCAUAGUGCCUGACAAGAAACAGGUAGCCAUGCUCUUUCAACCAGUUGUGCUUCGAUGCCGCUUUUCAACAUCUUCUACACAACCAGCUGUGGUGCAAUGGAAGUUCAAAUCCUAUUGCCAAGACCGCAUGGGAGAAGCCCUGGGAGUGGUCUCUGCAGGGAUACAGGCAAUAAACAAGAGGAACGUGGAAUGGGAUCCCUACUUGGACUGUGUGGAUAGUAGGAGAACAGUUCGCAUUGUGGCAUCCAAACAGGGCUCAGUGGUCACCACUGGAGAGUUCUACAAAGGAAGAGAAAUCUCCAUUCUCCAUGAUGCAGACCUCCAGAUUGGAAAAUUGAUGUGGGGAGACAGUGGAUUGUAUUACUGCCUUGUCAUCACACCUGAUGACGUAGAAGGCAGGAAUGAGGAGUCAAUGGAGCUACUUGUUCUGGGCAGGACAGGGAUGCUUGCUGGUCUCUUACCCAAUUUUGCUGUGGAGAUUAUGUCAGAGUGGAUGUUUGUGGGCUUGGUGAUCCUGGGGGCUUUCCUUUUCUUUCUCUUAGUUGGGAUCUGCUGGUGCCAAUGCUGUCCUUAUAACUGCUGCUGUUACAUUCGUUGCCCUUGCUGCCCAGAUACCUGCUGCUGUCCACGGGCAUUGUAUGAAGCAGGAAAAUCUGCAAAGGCUGGAUAUCCUCCAGCAGUCACAUCAAUCCCAGGACCAUACUGUAUCCCUACUGUUUUGGGUAGUGGAGUCCCAUCUCAUGCUGUCCUUAUGGAAAAGUCACAUCUACCUCCCUUGGCACCAAGUGAAUCCGGUGCAGGAGGACAAAGUGUACACAAGGGUUACCGAAUACAAACUGGCAAAGACAGAGAUUCUAUGAAGGUGCUAUACUAUGUUGAGAAAGAAUUGGCUCAGUUUGACCCAGCCAGAAGGAUGCGAGAGAGAUACAGUAACACCAUCUCAGAGCUCAGUUCUUUACACGAUGAGGGUGCCAACUUCCGUCAGUCUUACCGUCAGGUGUGCAGGAAAGCACUUCCUCCUUCAGGAGACAUGGAUGGUGAUGCUGAGUACUGGACAGGAGUUGUCAGUGGAGGUGGUACAUCCAGGCCACAAACACGUUCUGAUUACAGGGAAGACAGGGGCAGCUUCAGAAUGAGCCAGCAGAGAUCAAAGUCAGAAAUGCUUUCAAGAAAGUGUUUUUCUUUGGGAGUGCCAGCUGUCUCCAUGGAUGAACUAGCAGCCUUUGCUGAAUCUUACAGUCAGCAGGUCCAUCGGUCUGAGGCGAGUCAGGAGCCACGGCACUUUGAGAGAUCAGGAUCACGUGGAGGGCCAGUACAGCAUCUGGAGAAUUCAGAUGAUUUUUAUGGCAAACGCAGGGGAGGAAACCGUGAGCCAGUGACAGAUGCGGACCGGGGUUGGAGAUAUAGCCCACCCAGGAGAUGCACUCAUGAAGAGAAACACUUGCCUAGGCUAGUGUGUCGGACACCUGGAGGGAGCCAGAAAUAUGAUCACUCCUACCUUGCUAGUGCCCUCGAAAGGAAGUCACGAAGCUAUGAUGAGAGUGGUGAACCUAGUGAGACGCCUUCAAAGCUCAGUUCACAAUCCAGCCAAAGGGGAGGAACUUACUAUGCUUGGUCACCACCAUCAACUUAUAAAUCAGAACAGCAGCAACCUCCACAGCAAGAGGAAGGAGAAGAUACUCUGCCACCAUACAGUGAGAGGGAGUUGAGCCGGGGUUCUUCAUACAAAAACAGAGAACAAUCUAACUUCAAUUCAUCAGAGAAGAAGAGAAAAAAAGAGCCCCCGAAAACAAAUGAAUUCCCAACAAGGAUGUCCCUUGUGGUUUGAUGUUGUUGUAGAAGAGUUGUCUUAAUCGACUGGAAAGACAGAAGCAGAGUCAUGGUGGUUUAAAGGAAUGAAUACUUCAUAGGGUAUAUUCAUAGAUUUGUAUGUUUCACCUUGUGAACUGAGAUCUUAUGUCACAGCCAGUUCCAACAAGCUGUCUCAUGAAGUCGAUGGGCUAACCCGUUGGAAAGGAACUGCUCACUCCAUGAACACAGAGGUUUCUGUUGGCAAAUUUGUCCUCUGAUAUCUUUCUGCAAAGGUGCUGUCUUUGUAAUUUUAUCUUGAGCCUUCUCUGGAACACCUGCAGUAUUAGAGAAGAUGUUUCGAUGUAUAAUAGAAUUUUUGUCUUCUGAUAUGACAGACUUCCACUGGAUCCUAUGUUUUGCAGGAAAUGUUGCCAUAGGUUCAGGGAGUUUUCACCAUUUCUCUGCUGUCUCACAUACAGACAAAAUUAAAUACUUCAUAUAAUACUUGGUGAUUGUUGUAAUUUAAGAAAUAAGUUUUCAAGAAAAUCUGGAAAAUGAAAACUUUAUCCUUUUGGAAAUGUCCUGAAACAGAGAUGUGGGGCAUUGGACUAUGAAGGACAAAAUAGCAGUGUAUGACAUUUGGGAGUUUGUUUGUUUUUUUAGGGUCCUGUUCAUUCAGUAAUGGGAGAUGCCAGUGAGAUUAAUGCUUUGUUUUGAAAGUGAAACUCAAUAUAUUUUGCUGUAAUGAAAAUGUUCCAUGUUAUUUCACUAUUGUCUGAUAUGAUGUAUCAGCAUUGCCUUACAGAUAAAGUAUAGCCAUAAAAGGCUUCAGCUGGGGUUGCUGAAUGGUCCUAUCAUAAGUUGAACUCAAGCUCAGGUUCUGCUGACAAUACUCUUUGGACAAUUAUCAGUGUUUUAGAAAACCAAUCAGGAGGAAACAAUAAAACUAGAAAGAGAAAAUUGGGAUGCAGAGAAAAUACACACACACAAAUACAUACAGAGAAAAAGUGAAAACAAAGAAUGUGUGUAUGUAAAUCUCUCUAUUUUUUAUACAUAUAUAGCAGUAUUACUUUGUGGUUGUUGUUACUGGCUGAGACUACUCUAAAAGCAAUAGAAAAAAAAUCCUAAAAAAUAAAAAAUGCUGGAUAAACAUCAGCAUUAAGAACUA